AUGAAGAAGGUAGAUGUCCACUCACAUUACGAGCACCUGCCCACCACACCUGCCCAACCAAACCACACCACACCCCAUCCCAACCAAGCUGGCACUUACAAUGUACCCCACCCGCUCUGCCCCUACACCCCCCAAGCCGACCGAGGCGACCGUCGCGAAACAUUACCAGCCAACCACCCAUUUGCGAACCCCUUCCCUUACCAUACCCCCUACCACUACAACUGCUCUACUUCGUCGCUGUCUUCUUCGGCUUAUACGCCUUCUGCGUCGACCCCUGUUUCCACACCGAGCAGACGCGCGCCUCAGAGCCCGACAGCCAGUUUGGCCCAGCCGCUCUCGCCUGCGAGGUCUACCUACCCUCCUUUUAUCUCGACUACCAGUGAAAGAAGAAGGAUGGACGAAUUUGGCAGGGGCAGGUCUAUGACCAACCCCGCGCCCCCUCCCGCCCCGGUGUAUGCUACCCUGCCUACCGAGCUAUCUUUUUUCGACGCGCGCCCGAGGCAGACAUUGUUGCAGGAUGUGGAAUGCAUCCUUGGCAAGAAGAUGCACUUCCCCUUCCUUGCUCGAUACUCUUCCUCCUCCUCAUCAUCAUCAUCAGCGAAGAACGAGAAGAAGGCAAAGAAGGAGGCGGAGAAGGAGAAGAAGACGCGGAGGCGAUUGACGAAGGAACGGGCGUAUGACGAGGACUGGGCGAUGUGGGCGGGGAUGGACGGAUUCAUGGAUAGUCAGGCAGUAGUACGAGUAGUGGAGAAGAAGAGCAAGAGGGGGGUGAGAGAGGGGGACUGGAUCUAGACAUGCAUUACGAUAGUAGCAGCAUUCCCUUAAGGACUUCUUCCAAAUCGUCUCAGCCGGGUCGAGAGCAAUAUUUGAAGUAGGCUGCACUGCAGGCACCAGUAUCCUCUUUCUGGUCGUAAGUUUCUCGUACCAAGUCGUAGGCGAGGAUGCAGUUAGGGUCGUCGCCAUCGACAACGCAUGCAUGUUCCUCGGCACUGGGAGGCUUUCGCUUCCAAUCUCGCUUUGUCACAUUCUUGGUCUGUUCGGACUUGAUGGUAUAUAGAUCCUUGAAUAGAGUCCGUCCAGUAGGUGUAGGCGACUUGGACGACUCGGGGGGUCGACAUGCUGUGGGGACAAGUGUAGUGUUGUGUGAUGAGGAUGGUAGUGAUGUUGGUGGUCGUUGUGUCACUGGAAGAUGCUGUCAAGUACCAGAAGGAGGAGCAAGGAAAAACCUGAGGGCGGUGUCGAAGAUGUUGCGAAGACAAUGCGAAGAUGAGACCGAAGCGGGAGAUGCACAAAGUGG